AUGGCGCCUUCUGAACAAACUACCUGUUCGCCCGCCUUUAUUUCUAACCUCAAUGAACGGGAAACAUGGAUAAUCACUCUGCUGUAUUGUACAUAUGCCUUACCGACCGUGGCUUUGGGGAAUUCAAUAAACACAAGACAUCUCUGGUUAUCAGGGACUCCAACACAAAUGUCUUUCCAACAUAUUUCAGGUGUACUUAACUUAGAGACAACUGCCAAACUCAAUCGUUCUCAAAACAGUUAUGCAUUGGGGCCAAAUGCUUUACGAAGCAAAUAUGCACCUGCUUUCAGCAACCAAAACACACAACUGACAACAUUAUUAUUAAUAGCCAACUGGGCAAAAAGAAACAUAAGAUUUAGACACGAUGACUGCAAAAAGCAUAAAAACAUUAGCACCAUACUGGGCUCAUCGGGUCAUUUUUCUAAAAGGAAUGAAACUUCAGUAACAAGAGAAACAUACCAGAAACGAAUAGUGAGACCUUAUGAUAAAAAAGUGUUUGUAUACGGCAAGGAUGACAGGCUCCGGAUAUACCCAUCUUUGUUACGGAAAUUUCCAUAUUCCAAUAUCGUCAGACUUUCAACUGGGUGCACGGGGACUCUGGUUACACCGCAGCAUGUUUUGACUGCUGCUCAUUGUCUACACACGGGCUUCCGUUUCCGAAACAAUCUGGAAAUGCUGAAGGUGGAGGUACCAGACAGUAUGGGCGUACGCGCAUACUACAUAGAGAAGAUUGGAAUUCCGGGCAGAUGGCUGCACUCAAGAAACAAUCAAGAACAUCAGGCGUCCUGGGACUAUGCAGUUGUUAAACUCAGCUUCGGAAUCCAUGGUCGAUCGCAGUUUUUCCCUCUGGCAGUACCAACUGCGGGUGUGCUAAACGAAAACCUGCAAUUCCUAGGCUUUCCUAACAAUAAAGAUGAUCUGUGGCUGUCUAUCUGCCCUGCCAAAUGCGACUCGGCAGUUGGCAACUCUGGAGCUGCAGUUCUUUCAGAUGAUUCUCGGGAAGGGAAAAAGAUUAUCGGAAUCUUGUCUAGCACUAUGCCGGUAGGACGUAUGCCAUAUUAUACUCAAGUCAGCAUCAUCACUGCCCUGACAUGGGCGAAACUGUACGACAUUUGCUCCGAAAUUGGUGAAAUUGGCGUUCAACAUAGAGUUUGUCCGCCCUUGGAAACGGUACAUAGGCUAAGAAGGUUUCGCAACAUUAACAAUGUCAUCCCAUUUUUUGGUUAA